AUGCAUUUAGAUAAAUGUGAUAAUUGUAUCGCUACGGAAGAUUGUCAGACGUACAAAGAACUCAACAGAUAUGAACAGAGCAAAUGGCGCGAGAGGUUUAAUUGCCCUGAAUCAAAUGAAAAAGACAUUCCUCUUGGAUUUUCAUCUACCGCCAAAGGAGAUUUGGUCUGCUGUCCAGCAAACGUAUGGGGAGUUGAGAAUCCAAGUCAUGAAGAUCACAGCUACACAAAUACUGAUGCAAACAUACCCAGACCAAACUCUGAUUCAGAUUUGAACAGAAGAGAUGGAUUCAAUUACCAACCGAAUAGAAAUUACAACAAUCGUCCAAUAAACACGGGAAAUAACAAUUGGGGAAAUAGAGGUGGCAUUAGGGACGACUAUGACGAAUUCGGUCGACCGUACUGGCAGAGGCGUGCAAAACAAAAUUAUGUAGAAAAUCCCUAUUUUUUGCCUGCCAAUGGAAAUAAUGGUGGUAGUAAAAAUUUUAAAGAGCCUUCUAACCCGCAACAGUGUCCUGUAACAAGCUUUCCUCCUGAUCCCGCAUCGGGUUGUUGCGGACUGGAGGCUUCUAACAAUGAUGGGAUUAACUCUCAACUAAACGCUCAAUACGAUCCAAACGCCAACCGUCGAAACAAUUGGAUGCCUCAGAUGAAUUACCAGAGCUCUGAAUCAUGGCCUUCGUGGAUGUCGCGAUCUAAUUACGGAAGAAGAAGAGGAAAAGAGACAGACCUAGAGCAGUUCCCGUGGACAGUUCUACUAAAGACAACGUUCGUGUACCCCACCAAGGAGGCGGCAUUCGCAUGUGGUGGCUCCUUGAUCAGUUCACGCUAUGUACUGACAGCUGGACAUUGCGUUUUUGAUGCUCAAGGAAAAAUUAAAGGGUAG